AUGAUGAGCGAGCGCUUGGCUGCUGAUCCGCCAUUUUGGCGCCAGUGGUUUAAAACGGUGGCACUUCGUGGAAUCGAUUCAUCUUCCCUCGGAUAUUCACAGAAGCAGAACUGCUAUGAGAUCAUUGGAGCUGAUGGGAUGGACCUUCAUCACGUCUCAGAUUUUUCAGCUGCUCUGCCCAGUGGUUUCCACUUCUGUGGAGGAUCCCUGAUCAACCAGAACUGGGUUCUGACUGCUGCCCACUGCGCUGUCGUGGUCGGCUAUCACCGUGUCAUUCUUGGAGAACAUGAUCGUGGCUCCAGUGUUGAACCCAUCCAGGUCAAACUAGCUUCCAAGGUCAUCACUCACCCGCUCUACAGCAGCACGACUGUCAACAAUGACAUUGCUCUGGUGAAACUGUCGUCUCCAGUCACAUUCACUCCCCGUAUCUCUCCUGUAUGUCUGGCUCCAUCAACCAUCAGCAUCCUGCCUGGAACCCGCUGCUUCACCACUGGCUGGGGCCAAACUGCCACCACAACGAGCCCUCUGAUCCUGCAGCAAACAGGCAUCCCCAUCAUAAGUCCUGCUGUGUGCAGUCAGAUCUGGUGUCAGAGCACUAUCACUGAUGCCAUGAUCUGUGCUGGAGGAGCUGGAUCGUCAUCUUGCAUGGGUGAUUCUGGUGGUCCUCUGGUGUGUGAGCGUUCAGGGGUCUGGUCUCUGGUGGGCUCUGUGUCCUGGGGAAGAAGCAAUUGUGACACCCGUUAUCCAGUAGUCUACGCCCGCAUCUCCCAACUGCGCUCCUGGAUCGACACGACUAUCGCUUCCAACUAG